AUGGAUUAUGAUUCUCUUUAUCUACUCUUGCCAAAAGAACCCAAGAAAUGGCAAGUGUCUGAUGUUGUUAUUUGGCUCUAAUUUAUUGGACUGGGUUAGAUGGAGGACAAGUUUGGUAUGUUGUUUCCAAGUUCUAUCUUAGUGAAUUGCUCAAUCGAUGGCUCCAUUCUGGAAGAAAUAACAGAGAACGAUUUGGAAGAAGAAUUGGGAAUCAGCUAGAAAAUAAUCAAAAAAAAGUUAAUGAAUUGUAACCAUUAUCUAAUCGGUAGGGAUAUCAACAGGGUUGAAAGAAUAUAGCAUAUACUUGUGUUAAAUUAAGUUAAAUACCAUCAAAAAAUAGCCCAAUGAAGAAUUCACUCUCUAAAAGAAUGUAAAUGCUUGUUAAGAAAAAUAAAGCUAAUCAAUCAUUAAUCAAUAUGAUGAGUUAUAUAGUUCUUAGAACAAAAUGACUAAUUUAAUUGAAAAUCAACUCAUCUUAUAGCCUCUAGAGAGUUAAUAAAACAAUUUCUAUUGCGUCAAAUAACCUGGUGCAAAGAUUGGAAGACAUUCAAGCAAUUAAAUUCUUAUUUUGGAAGAAAAUAUUAGCAGAUUUCACGCUGAGAUUACAUACUAAGAUUCUAAGGUAUAAAUCUUUGUAAUGAUUAUUUAUAGUUUUAUAUUAGGGAUAUCGGAAGCACCACAGGAACAUAUAUAAAAAUUUAAAAACGAAUGAACCUCUUCCUAGGUAUGCUAAUUGAACUUGGUAGCAAUUUAUUCUAAGUCUCUCAAUUGGAAGAGGUCUCCAAUGGCAUUCAACUUGGACUCCUUGUUCUUGAAGGACCAAACUGCGAAGAACAAAUUAGUUUUCAUCUUAAUCAAGACAAAACCUCAGUCACCUUUGGUAGAAAGGCUAAUGCCGAUAUUGCAUUUCCUGAAGAUCAUCAUCUUUCUAAUUUGCACGCUAAAUUUUAUCUGGUUGACAAAAAUGUAACUAUUGAAGAUCAUUCCUCUACUAAUGGGUACAUAACAAUUUAUUUAUUAUUCUAGAACUUGGCUAAGAUUAUCUGAAGACGGAAAACCAAGUUAAAAUUACCCACUUACCUUAGAUGAUGAAAUGACUGUCGUCAGGAUUGGAACAGUUAAUUAAUACCUUUGUUAAUUAGAUAAAUUCAGUAUAAAUUAUAAUGAAUACAAUUUUUGUACACUGUGUAAUGAAAAUGAACGAGAUGCACUUUGUCUACCUUGUAAGCACAAUUCUACUUGUUUCAAAUGUAGUAAAAAUUUGUAAUUAUGUCCAAUUUGCAAAAUGAAGAUCUCAUAGCAAAUUAGAAUUUACAAAAAUUGA